UUCUCUUUCUUUGCUAUAUUUACUGAAUACUGUAUUUCUUUAUUAUAUUAUGUUACUUAUAAUGUGAAAGAAGUUAUAACCCUAUAGCUGUUAGGGUACAAUGUUGUUGCCUAGUAGAAAUCAGACCAUUUCUAGAGUUUAUUAAAAAGAGAUAGAAAGUUUUCUUUUUUUUUUUUAGAAAGUUUUCUUUUCCUGUGAAAUAAUUUGUAUCUCUGUGUCAUUCUAGUUUCUGUUACUAUGGCAAUGACGGCAGGGUCGACAACCACCUUUCCGAUGAGCAACCAUACCCGGGAAAGAGUGACUGUGGCCAAGCUCACAUUGGAGAAUUUUUACAGCAACCUAAUUUUACAGCAUGAAGAGAGAGAGACCAGGCAGAAGAAAUUAGAAGUGGCUAUGGAAGAAGAAGGAUUAGCAGAUGAAGAGAAAAAGUUACGCCGAUCACAGCAUGCUCGCAAGGAGACAGAGUUCUUACGGCUCAAGCGGACCAGACUUGGCCUGGAUGACUUUGAGUCUCUGAAAGUUAUAGGAAGAGGAGCGUUUGGAGAGGUGCGGCUGGUCCAGAAGAAAGAUACAGGCCAUAUCUAUGCAAUGAAGAUAUUGAGAAAAGCUGAUAUGCUUGAAAAAGAGCAGGUGGCCCAUAUCCGAGCAGAAAGAGAUAUUUUAGUAGAAGCAGAUGGUGCCUGGGUGGUGAAGAUGUUUUACAGUUUUCAAGACAAGAGGAACCUUUAUCUAAUCAUGGAAUUUCUCCCUGGAGGUGACAUGAUGACAUUGCUAAUGAAGAAGGACACUUUGACAGAAGAGGAAACACAGUUCUACAUUUCAGAGACUGUUCUGGCAAUAGAUGCGAUCCACCAGUUGGGUUUCAUCCAUCGGGAUAUUAAACCAGACAACCUUUUGUUAGAUGCCAAGGGUCAUGUAAAAUUAUCUGAUUUUGGUUUGUGCACGGGAUUAAAGAAGGCUCAUAGGACUGAAUUCUACAGAAAUCUUACCCACAACCCACCAAGUGACUUCUCAUUCCAGAACAUGAACUCAAAGAGGAAAGCAGAAACAUGGAAGAAAAAUAGGAGACAACUGGCAUAUUCAACAGUUGGGACACCAGAUUACAUUGCUCCGGAAGUAUUCAUGCAGACUGGUUACAACAAAUUGUGUGACUGGUGGUCUUUGGGAGUAAUUAUGUAUGAAAUGCUAAUAGGUAUGUUUUAUUAUUCAUUUAUGCACAUACCAUAUAAAUCAGUGCCACUGACUGAACAUACUGUAGAUAUUAUGGAGUACUUGAGAUGUAGUCUGCAUAUUAUAAUUUCUCUGUUUCCAUAUUCUAGGUUUUGUAUUGAUUCUGAAAAUAGAAUUGGGAAUAGUGGAGUAGAAGAAAUAAAAAGUCAUCCUUUUUUUGAAGGUGUCGACUGGGGGCACAUCAGGGAAAGGCCAGCAGCAAUCCCUAUAGAAAUCAAAAGCAUUGACGAUACAUCAAAUUUCGAUGACUUUCCUGAAUCUGAUAUUUUACAACCAGUGCCAAACACCACGGAACCAGACUACAAAUCCAAAGACUGGGUUUUUCUCAAUUAUACCUAUAAAAGAUUUGAAGGGUUGACUCAGCGUGGCUCCAUCCCCACCUACAUGAAGGCUGGGAAAUUAUGAACGAAGAUCACGUUGGCUCACAACCAAGAGAACUCAGGUAGCCGCAUCACCAGGCUUGCUUGGCGUAGAUAACAAUACACUGAAAUACUCCUGAUGACGGUGGUGCUUCUGACUACAAGAGGAAAUUCUACAGGGUUAGGAUUUCGAAGACUACUACAGGAAUUGGUUGGCAGUGCCAGCUGGCUUUUUUCUUUUUUUAAUAUUAUUUUUGUUAACUUUAUUAUAUGAAGGUACUGGAAUAAAAGAAAUGUACAUCCCUUUCUAACUGCACUGCCUACACGCGUAUUAAGGUCCAUUCCGCCUGUGUGUGCCGUGGCUUUGUACUGUAACACCUCUAAUCAAUUCAGGAGAAACACAUAUCAUUUAAAGCAACAUAGGCUAACCUGUAGGUAACACUGCAGCAUUGGCUGUUUUACUGCACACCUUAUGGGUCUAGAUAAUCAAUAAAAGCCAUCUUCCAUAGCUGGUAUUAGAAUACUUGCCCUAUUGGUUUGGACAUCUAUAGAACAUAUAUGAGGACAAUUUCUGUAAUGGUUUUAAGGCAUUUUAAAAAGGAAAUACACUGGGUUAUUUAAAAAAUAAAGUUUAUCAUCAUGUUACUACACAAACUCCACAGUAGGGAGUAACAACUUUUGAAUAAGGAGAAAGUUGAACAGCUUCACUCAAGCACUCCACUAAUAUAUUUACUUUGCAUUCAGAAAUACUGAUGACCUUUAUACAUGUAUUCUGUAUACUUAUAGGGAGAUGUACUGUAUCAUAUAAAAUGUAAAGUUGCUUUUCUUGUGACAAGAGGACUUCUUUUUUAAUAAGAGGACAUGGCAUUAUUUUAAUUUGAUUAUGGUGAGUUGAAUUGAAGAAAUGACCAUGAAGGCUGCUUGUAGAACUACUAGUGUAUUUUUAUUAAACUAUUUUUUUAAACGUCAAACUUCUGAUCAUGUAAAUGAACUUGUAGAGAACAAAGAUCUAUUUACUUUGGUUUUCUAGAAAGUUGUUACAUAUCAUGGCUGGUUAACUUUUAUUUGUUUUGAUGAAAAUUUUUCCUUUGAUAGUACUGUAUUAUUGUGCCAUUAUUUUCUUAUACUCCAAAUGUACCAAAGAUCCUGAACAGAGUGGAUGUUCACAACUAUGGGGGAUUUUACUGUCCUGCGGGAAUGCUGUCUUCAGAUCUUUGAUGGAGGCUAGCUCAUUCAAGGGCCCUACUGUUCAUGUUUAGCUCCAUCACUGUGGUUACUGUAAAUGGAAUUAAGGAAGUAAAUGCAGGCCAGGGGGCUUGUGAUUAGAGGAUGGGGGAGGUGAUGUCAGCAGCAAAUUCUUUGGGUAUUCUCCUAAGAAUGAGAUAGUCUUUUCCAGCUCAACAUUUUCAUUUUAAAAUAACUCUCUGAGUUUUUGGCUUCAUUAGUAAUAGUGGAGGAGUAUUAAUUUAUCAAAGAAUGGCCUAAUGUUUGUCUUAACUGUUAAUUAGUAGAAUUUCUUUUUUAGAUACAACAGUUAUCACUGUUAUGAAUGAUCUGUGAUCAGAAUCUAAAAUGAUAAUUUAUUUGUAUAGAUGUUCUUCUAGUGGGGAAGAAUUGCAUAGGACCAUUAUGCAGAUCUACAAAAGCUUUUAUAAAUGUUCCUGCUUGCUAGGGAGCUCCAUGGUGUUCCAAUAAGGCCAUUCUGUUCUUUUUUUCUUCCUGCCCUGUUCUCCCCUUCCCUUUCUUCCCUUUCCUUCCUUUCCCUCCCCCCACUUUGCUUCCUUCCUCCCUCCCUUUUCCCUCCUAGUAUUUGUUUGAUACUUAUUAUGUGUUCACCUACUAGUUCAUCUCCAUUUUUCUUAUGUGACCAAGUAUCUAGGAGAGAGAACUAUUAAAAUUUUGGGGUUAUCUCCUUUUGCCUAGCUCUUGUUUUUCUAAUUACAACUGCCUCUAAUUUUAAAAACUCUCUAACUUACAUUUAGUUUUAUGAGAUUUUUCUCAUCCCCCCUCCCCCACUGUUUUUUUAAAAAGGAUGUUUUGCUAGUGUGAAUGGGUAAGAUACAAGGAAAUUGCAACAUACUCUGGUUCUACUAUGGUAACUAUUCUAGUAUUAAAAACUUUCAUUAAUUCAAGUGAGAGAGAGAUUGAUAUAAAGGAGCUGAAUUACCUAGGUUUACCUUUUAACUGAAUAAGAAUAGAGCAUUUUAGUUUCCAUUUCCUUCAUUCUUAUUAAUAGGAAGAACUUGGGGAUAGUUAUGGUUUCUUGGCAGCAGAAGGGCAGUUAUGAAAGUUUACCUUGUUAAGCUACUCAUCUUUCCCUGGAGUUGAGUGAUUCAUAAUCUUUGGGGUUCCCUCCUCAUCAAAAGCAUUUCUUAAGUGCCUAUCUAAAAGCAAUUAAAGACUGUGUCUGCCCUUUGGAAGCUAAGAAUUUGAUUCAUAAAGCAAAUUAGCUAGAUAAUUUGCAAAGUACCCUUGAGCUUGAAUUUUCUCUAUUAUAUACUUCCCAUAUUUCAGGUGAACCAUUUAAUUUAAAUGACAAAACCCUAUCUAAUCGACAGAGCAUAAUGACAUUUUCUUUAAAUUAGACUCUAUUUUGAAUUAAAGAGUUUUGUUAUAAACUGUGUGUUUUUGGUUUUUCUAAGUGUAUAGAAAGCUUGUAUAAUUCAGAUUUGUUGAUUUCCUGAUUUAAUGUAGACUUUGACUUUUUUUAUUAAAAAACCUUUGUAUUAAAGCAA